GAGAAAAGAAAGCAGCGAACACAAAAGAAGGGAAAUAUCUCUCGCCGCACACAGCGUCCGCGACCUCCCCGACGACCGCUCUCCCUCUCCGACCGUCCCCGAUGGCAUCUCAGAGCUCCACGCCCGCGCAAGCCGCGGACGCCGCCGCGCCGUCUCCGGCGGCCACGGUCGCCGGGGAGGCGCCUCCGAGCGCCGCUUCCCCCACGCCCGCGCGGAACCCUACAGCUGCUGCGACCGCGACGGCCGGGGCCACGGAUCUGGAGAAGAAGAUGCGCCGCGCGGAGCGGUUCGGGACGCCGGUGGUGAUGUCCGAGGAGGAGAAGCGCAGCAGCCGCUCCGAGAGGUUCGGGACUGGAUCUUCAAAUGUAAAGGAGGAAGAGAAGAGGAAGUCCAGGGCUGAGAGGUUUGGCAUUGCCUCAUCCUCUUCUUCUGAUGAAGAGGCUAAGAAAAAAGCUCGUUUAGAACGAUUUGGUCAGGGUGCAAAUGUUGACAAGGGAGAAGAAGAAAAAAGAAAGUCACGGGCCCUCAGGUUUGCAGAGACAGCUAGUGGAUCGCCUCAGGGAAAUGGCAAGGACAACUCCAAGCCGGACGCAGCCGCUGUGACAGGCACAGCGUGAUCGAAGCACUCUGCCUUCCAUGAGGUCUCAGAUAUUAUCCCUGGAGACUUGGUGAAGCAAUACUACACCACUAACUACGUGAACGGCGUCAUGUGUUUCCUAGUCAUCAUGAGUGCUGGUUUUUGUGUAUGACUUGCUUACUGUACUUGCCGGGCAGUGUAGCUAGAUUUGCUGCCUGGUUUGUGGAUGGUGGUUAUGUACCUUUUUGUCGCUCCCCCUUUUGGUGACGAUGAUUUCUUAUCUAUGUACUCCAGUUGGUCUUGCUA